UCUGGUACCAGUUCUUCUGUGCAUUCUCUGGAGCCGCCAUGAUAGACUACUGGCAAAUGAUCUUCUUCAACUUGUUUUUCACUUCUGUGCCACCAAUACUUUCGGGAGUCCUGGAUAAAGAUGUUUCCGCAGGAACUCUGCUGAGCUUGCCUGGUCUUUAUAAGAGCGGACAAAACUCAGAGGUUUACAAGCCUCUGACGUUCUGGGUUGCCAUUUUGGAAUCUUUUUAUCAGAGCCUUAUCUGCUUCUUUGUCCCUUAUCUGGCAUAUCUUGAUUCCGAUAUUGACAUUUUCCGCUUUGGAACAACAAUCAAUACAGUCACUCUCCUUACUAUUCUGUUUCACCAAGCUUUAGAAAUUCAAACAUGGACUCUGUCCCAUGGAAUUACAAUCACUGUGAGCAUUCUUCUGUACUUCAUUUUCUCAACCAUCUACAAUGCCACAUGUGUCGUCUGCAACCCUCCCACCAAUCCCUACUGGAUUAUGGAGUUUGAGAUGUCGCAGGCGAGCUUUUAUUUCAUAUGCAUCAUUACUCCAGUCAUAGCACUUCUUCCAAGGUAUCUUAUCUUGGCUCUUCAGGGAACUUUUGAGGUAUCGCCCAUUGUGAAAGCACAACACUUGGAUAAGCUCCCUAAAGAACAACAGGACUGGGAAAUAAAGAAAUGGAAACUGAGGGAACAAGGCCAAAGUGUCUGCAAUGAUGAGCCUGAAGGACCUAUUGCAAACAUGGGUGUGUCCUCACCUGACAUUGCAGCAGAGCGCACGUUUCAAGGUCUCUGUCCUCCAGAACAAGAAGCCCUCAGGAACCAGGCAUCGAACAGAGGAGACAAUGACUACACCAAAUGGUGGGGUGGGGAAGAGGAUGUGGCUGCCGGUUUCCUGUCAGCAGAUGCAUCUCCUGGGCAAAGUAUACCAGCAAAGCCCUUUUCUGGCCUCCUGACCAAUGGCGCUGAAAAUUCCAGUCAAAGGAGCCACCGGCGGUCUGUGAGUGCAGUGACUCUAUGAAAGAGCUUGAGUUUUUGAUUAAAAGAAAUUGAAAUUGCUUCUCUGCACAACCUCCACCUCCCACAUAGUGAGCAAAGGUAGCAGAGGGAAGAUAGAAUUUCUAUUUAUAUUAAAUGGCAAUGCCUUGUGGAAAGAGAGACCUAAAGUAUAAUUUCACCAGCCUGGCGGAACAGUGUGUUUUAUCUUCACAAUGUGCUGUUCCUCCGGUAUGUGCAAGUGAACUUACUGUGAGGAAGAGAAGUUCCAAACAACUUGGAGAAAUAUUAUGCAAGAAUCCCUUCGUCAAUGUGAAAUGCACUAUUUCCUUGGAAACGGACAGUAUAACCUGAGUAGAACUAUUUUGCUUUAUCCAAUAAUGAGCCCCUUCUGUCUUCUGAAUCUGACCCUAAACGUGUCACUCUGAGCCUCCUGCUGAUUGGCAGCUACAUGGCUGCAAUACAGUUUUGAUCCAUUUCGCCACUACUAUAAUUGUUUCCUAGGAAUUUCUCCAGAUUACAGCACUUUAUGGUGAAACAAUCAGUUUUAAAGACCAGAAUGAAAUAAGUCAACAGUGCUGAAUUCAUCAACCUGGGCAUUUUGCAAUUCAACAUUCAAAACCAUGUGUAAAAGUAUUUUAUAAAAUGUUUUUAUAAGUGUGUG